UGGCAGGAUAAGUCUUGUCAAGUGCUAGCAGAGCAGAAUGGAUUCUUUGGUUGUGAUGUUUCAUACUUGACACCCAGAUACUUACACACCUAAUUCAAGCUCAAAAUGGGAAAAGGCUGUAAAGUUGUGGUGUGUGGCCAGGCAGCAGUGGGGAAAACUGCCAUUUUGGAACAGUUGCUGUAUGGAAAUCACACAGUAGGCUCUGAGUCCAGCGAGACGCAGGAGGAUGUGUAUGUGGCCUCGGUGGAAACUGACCGCGGUGUGAAGGAGCAGCUGAGGCUCUAUGACACUAAGGGGCUCCACGAUGGACAAGACCUCCCCAAGCACUACUACUCGGUGGCCGACGGCUUCGUACUUGUCUAUAGCGUCGACAGCUUGGAGUCUUUCAAGAAGGUGGAUGUUCUGAAGAAGGAAAUAGACAAAUCCAGAGAUAAGAAAGAGGUGACAGUCAUAGUGCUGGGGAAUAAGACAGACCUGCGGGAGCGUCGUCAGGUGGACCAGGAGGUGGCGCAGCAGUGGGCGCGAGGCGAGAAGGUAAAGCUGUGGGAGGUGACCGUCACCGAACGCAACUCGCUCAUUGAGCCCUUCACCCAGCUGACCAGCCGCCUCACCCAGCCUCAGAGCAAAUCUUCCUUCCCUCUGCCAGGACGCAAAAGCAAAGGCACGCCAUCGAACGACAUCUGAAACUCUGAACAUCCCCUCACUCCUCUCUGCUAGUGACGGGCUACAUUCACCUCAUGUGGGAAUAAUCAGUAGGACAACACGGACAGCCGCCAGUUUAGCAACAUGACUUUAAUCGCUGCUGUGUACAUUUCACCAUUUUACACACAUUCAUUCACUUAUAUGCAAUAUUAACGUCAUUUUGAAGGAGUACUGUAGCAUUUUGGGAAGUACACUUAUUAAUAGUGAGAUGAGGAUCAAUAUCAAUAUGUCUGUGUGGAAAUACAGAGCUGGAGUCAGUGUUGAUACUAGCAUAAAGACUGGAAACAGAGGGCACUUCUAAAUUAACACUAAUGAACAUGUUAUAUCUGAUUUGUACACAUAUAAAUGUAAAAAUGACACUUGAUUUUUAGACGUAGUUACAUGCUGAACUUUUUCUUGACAAACAGCCGGUUAUUCAUCAGUGCUUCUGUGCAGCAUGUCCAGUUACAGCGCUGGUUUCCUGCUUGAUGCUAAACCGGACAACAUCUCUGUGAUGACGAGUGAGUGAGUGAGUGAGUGAGUGAGUGAGUGAGUGAGUGAGUGAGUGAGUUACAGCUGCAAACAGCUGGAAUCUUGUCAUCGCAUCACAGUGAGGUUGCCAAGUCUGGGCCUGCACAGAUACUAAAACUUAUGCUCAACAACCACAUCUGGCAACCCAGGCUGCAGCUGGAGACGUUGCACAGAAGCGCAAAGAUAAACUGUUGCUUGAUGAUGAUUGGUGGGAUGAUGAUGAAUGAAUUCCGAACACACUCAAUGUCCACUUUAUUAGGAACACCUGUAAAAUCUAUUGCAGUUCAAUACAACAACACUACUAUAAUACCUGCCUUUACAAAGUUUAUAACCUUCAGUUUUUACUGAUGUGUUAACAACAACGUCACUAACACACAGAACUGAAUUUACACCUAAAACACAAUCAACAAAAUAAACAUUACAGGCCUCAUAGAGGUAGAUUCAUGGCCGAGCAGUUGUAUUGGGUUACAUUAGAUUGCACAGCUGUUCCUAAUAAAGUGGACAGAGUUUAUCUUCCCCUAAAACCAAAAAUAGCUUUUCUUUCAUGCAGGAUAAACAAACGUGUUUAUUACCGAGCUUUAGAGGUGUUAGUAGGUGAAUUCUUGAACGUUAGAUAAUAAUAAUAAUAA